AUGAAAUCCUACUACGCCAAAGCCUUGCACCACCACGCCUGCGCCUACGACGCCAAAGCCGUCAACUACGCAGCCCGCGACGACCAAGCCGUGCACCACGCAGCCCACGACGACCAAGCCGUGCACCACGCAGCCCGCGACGACCAAGCCGUCGACUACGCAGCCCGCGACGACCAAGCCGUGCACCACGCAGCCCGCGACGACUAA